CGACCAUCUGACCGCCAUCGCGAGUGUAAAUCGCCCUUCUCUGAGUUGCACGAUCGAUUAUGCGUCGUGGUGCGCUAUUUUUUUUCGCGAGUUUUCUCGUAGGAUUUACAGCUACGUACGUUGUCUCGGCGCAAGAUGUGCAGGAUCAGGAUGAUGCGUUAACGACGACGACGACGACGACGACGACAGUGAUCACGGUCAAUGACACUACUAUAGACGAAAAAAAGGCCGACAGUUCGAGUUCAUCCUCUAGCGAGGAGAAAGUUGCUGAUAAGCGUACAAGGAGAGACUUGUACCUUAGCAAUAAAUGGAUGUCUCUGGAGAACGAGGAGCAGUUGGAAGAAACGAAGGAAUUUGACCGUGUGAGGCGUGCAACCAAGCGGAGGAAAGAUGACGACGAUGACAACAGUAGCUCUUCCAGUGAUGACGACGACGACGACGAUGAUGAUGACGAUGAUGAUGAUGAUGAUGAUGAUAAUGGUUGUAAGAAACAAUUCGUGAAAUCAAAGAACGAUGAAAAAUGUGAUUGUGACAAUGACGAUGAUAAAAAGAAUGAAAAACGACGCGAAAAAUCAAAAAAGGAUAACGACAAUGACGAUGAAAAUUGUAAUGAUGACAACAACGACGAUGAAGAUAACGAUGAUGAUGAUGAUGAUGAUUCAUCUUCGUCUUCUUCAUCAUCCUCGGAAGAGGACGAGAGAAAACGAAGAAAAAGGCACAUUAAAGAGGAUACUUUGCAAAGUAUAUCAUCGUCCGAAGAAAAGAAAAAUAAACACAAAGAUCAAUUUAUCCAAACGAUUAGGGAUGCGUCAAACCGUAAUUCUGAGAAGGAGAACAAUCCGAAAAGUCGACUUAUCAGAAGGGUCAAGGUUAACACGGAAAGUGGAUCGUCAUCCGAAGAGGACAAGCCGAAGAACUUGCGAUUUAUCCGAACGGCUGAGGAUACUUCCGGAAACGACUUGUUCAAGGAGAAGAACAAACCGAAGAAUCGAUUUGUCAGAAUGGUCGAAGAUACUUUGGACAAGAGUAAAUCAUCGUCCGAAGAGAAGGACAAACUGAGGAAUCGAUUUGUCAGAACGCUCGUUGAUACUUCGAAAGAGAGUAAAUCGUUCUCCGCGGAAAGGAAUAAACUGAAGAAUCGACUUGUUCGGUCAACCGAAGAUUCCAUGAAGGAAUCGUCGUUUGAAAAAACGGGUGAAGCCCCUUUCUUUAUUCGCGCUUACAAAGUUGAAGAUGUCAGUCAACCGCAGCGUACCACAGGGCAAAUCGACAUACCGCACAAUCGAGUGAUUCGGUCGAAGAAUGACAAGAAAGAGAGGACGGAGAAGAAGAAAAAGAAGCGUACAAAGAAUAUAAAGACGAAGCGCCAUUGCACGCCUAAGGCGACUACUGUGAAAGCAGAUAUCUUAGAUCAAACGACGCUACCAUCGGAACAUCUUCCAGUUUGAUAGGAUUAAUUUUGGUACCAUAUUUCUUUAACAUUAAAAAUGUAAUACACAAAGAGAUUGCAUCACGUAAUUUAGAAUAGGUAUUGUUACUUGUGUGAUUAGCUAAACUCUUUAAAUCAUUAUAAAUGCACUCAAA